GCCUCCUCGCGCUCCGGCCGCUCGCGCUCGUCCAGCCCGGGCGGGUCCAGAGGAGGUGCACGCGACGAUUCCGCUCCAUCGGGUUCGAAACCGACCACCAGGGAUUCUGCUCGCCCUGACUCUCGUGGCAGACCAGCGGCGCAGCCUGUUCAGCCAGAGGGCGCAGCCGAGAAGGAUUCUGCUCGCCCUGACUCUCGUGGCAGACCAGCGGCGCAGCCUGUUCAACCAGAGGGCGCAGCCGAGAAGGAUUCUGCUCGCCCUGACUCUCGUGGCAGACCAGCGGCGCAGCCUGUUCAGCCAGAGGGCGCAGCCGAGAAGGACGAGGAGGAGGAGGAGUUCGAGGACGACUUCGACGAGGCGUCCGAGCAGGAGGCGUCCGAUCAGGAGCACAGCUUCGAGGAGGACGAGUCUGCCUCUGAGAGCUCCGCGAGCUGA